AUAUCCGUUAGAUAACGACGUGAGAUGACGGCGUCACAUCCUUUCUAUAUAUAUCACCACCCAACCUCAAUCUCCCCUCUCUUUCCUUGUCUCCUCCCUUCCCCGUUUUCUCCCAUUUAUAAAUUCUCUCUCUCUCCCUCUCUCUCUCAUGCAGCUGCAUAUUUGCUUAUACGCAGAGGAGAGAUCGGAAUCCAACGAUCAGAAACUUACCCAGCUUUGAAGAAAUAUAACUGCGAAACAGCCGGCAACCAUAUAUAUACGUAUACAAAUAUAUAUAUCUUCGUCGCCGGCGAUAAUUCAAGUCUGGAGAUUUGAGAAUGGCUGGAUGAAGAAGAAUGAGAGUGUUUUCCACUGCUCGUAUUGAUUAGAGAUUCGAUUUGAUCAUUCGAGUUUGGAAUCACUGUUUCAAAUAGAAAGGGCAUUUCUCGAUUCGUCUCCGCAGAUUCAUUCUCGAGGUAAAAAAAAAAGAAAAAAAAGAGAGAGAGAGUGAGAGAGAAAAAGAAGAGGCAUUUGGAAUAGUAGAAGAAGAUAAAAAAUGUUAACAUGUAUUACUUGCUCGAAGCAAAGAGUCGAAGAUGAAGAAGAUGCCCCGCGUGGGACUCCCAAUACAAAAGACGCCGUCAAAAGCCUCACCACCCAGAUCAAGGAUAUGGCACUAAAGGCGACGGGAACAAGCAAAGGAAAACCAGGUGGGAACUUCAAGGUUGGUCAAAGGUCAUAUCCCGAAUUCGAAACAUCAUCAGAAGGAGUCCCCUAUCCCUACUUCCAACCGGGGAGCUCCAGCACCACCCCGGCCUGGCACUUCAUGAACGCCGCCGCCCCCCGCGACUCCGCCUACACCGCCUUUGGCGGCGACGACAUGACCCCCAACCGCAUCUCCUCCCGCUUCGACGACAUGGGCCUGGGGGAGGAAGACGGCCCCAAGGAGUGGAUGGCACAGGUCGAGCCCGGCGUCCAGAUCACCUUCGUCUCCCUCCCCCGCGGCGGGAACGACCUCAAACGUAUCCGUUUCAGCCGGGAGAUGUUCGACAAGUCCCAAGCUCAGAGAUGGUGGAGCGAGAACUUCGACAGGAUAAUGGAGCUGUACAACGUCCAGAAAUUCAACCAGCAGGCCUUGAACAACACUCCAGGGAGAUCAGAGUGUGGAAGGGAUUCAAGUUACUCAAGGCUAGGGUCGGUGAGAGAGAGCCCUCGAAUGACUUCAUCAUCAAUUAACAGAGAGUGGCAGCCGAGGUACAGCAACUACUACAAUGUGGGAGGGGGAGGGGGAGGGGGGCCGAGCACGUACCCGAUGGAAGCAUCGCGGGACACCACAGCCUCCCGCGACGAAGAUGCAGUCUCCAUAAGCAAUGCUAGUGAAGUUGAAGGAGAGUGGAUUGAGGAAGACGAACCGGGCGUCUACAUCACCAUCAGACAGCUUGUUGAUGGUACAAGGGAGCUUCGUCGUGUCAGAUUCAGUCGGGAACGAUUUGGGGAGGUGCAUGCUAAGCAAUGGUGGGACACUAAUAGGGAUAGGAUACAAGCUCAAUAUCUUUCCUAGAAAAUGAUGAUGAUGAUGAUGAUGAUGAUCGGUGGGUGCAUUGAAGUUGAUGGUUCCAGAUUUGACACAAGAAAUCAUCCAUUUUGGUUUAUAAAUCUAACUAUAAAAAGUAUGAAAAAUACAAAUGAUCAUGUUUAAAGAUUUCAUUCUCUCACAUAUAUAUAUAUGGCUUUGUAGUAGGUGCCCGCGUUCAGUCUUAAUACCAUGUUUCAUGAAAAUUAUAUUUAUGGUCUGUUUCUUUUCA